AGCUGGACUUGCAAAAGAGCUGAAAAGGUGGAAAGCGCAUUUUUUGUGCUGGGGCAAGACCAACCACAUACUCACCAACAGCAAACUGCAACAAAGCCAUUAGCUGCUUUAAGUGCCAAGUUCAACAACCAUUUCGGUUCAAGGAAAACAGGCGCACACUGCUUUGAUAAAAAUGGACUACCAGGAAAUUCCCAAUCGUCUGAUCUAUUUUCUGGAAGGCAUAUAGACGGAACCCAUGUGCAAAUCUCAACUACCAAUGUCCCUUUACCUAAGGAUCUGAAUGUGUAUCAGUAUGCACUGGCCAAUGGAGCCUCCUCCUUAUACAACGGCCACCGUUACAUGCCGUACAAUCGGGCUUGCGCGUUUGCAGAAAAUGCUUUGAAUGCGCCUGCCCCACUGCCAAACACUCAUCUGAAUCUUCAACAGCAACAAAUUCAGGUUCCAGCUUCCCUGACUUACCAACCUCACCUUCCGAUUUACCAGAACACUAAAAAGUUUACUCUCCAACAAACAAUGUUUUCUUCAACAGUUUCAAUAGCAGCCGGCGGACUUUCCGCAUCUUCUAUUCCUUUAAGUAUCAUCGAUAAUAGUUUAUCGGUUGCCGAUAUUGCUUUUACAAACGGCAUUAUGAAAACACCCAGAGAAGGAAUGUUUUCCCCCGGAGCCUUUACAAACACGUUAUCUACCGGCAGAGUUAGAGACUGCGGAGCUGAAAGUAAUGAGGGUAACAUUAUCGCCAAGAUAACCGAGGCGAGCGAUGCGGUAACUUUGCAGAUCACAAAUUUAGAUUACUCGCUGGACGAGUCAAAUCUUCGCUGCUUCCUUAUAAAUCAACUAAAGCCCAUCACACCGGUGGUGUCACUUGUCUUUGAGGGAAGCUCGUUUGCCAAAGUCACUGUACCGGAUAUUUAUUUUGCCAAGCAGGUCGUCUCUAAUUUGCACCGAAAGAAGAUUGGACACAAGCGUAUGCUGGUUAGUUAUACUCGUGACUCCUCUUUGACUGAGGUUAACACCCUCCGUUGCCAAGUUGCGGGUCUGCUAAAGGAUGUUCCUUACUUUACCCUGCCCAUGUAUAAGUUCAGAGAACUUUUUCAGUCGCGUUUCAAAACCUCGAUCAGCGUAUUGGAUUUGUACAAAAUGCAUGAUAUAUGUACUAUAAAUUCAGACAAAAAUGAGGAUAAAUUUAUAAGCCUAAGGCCGGAAAUAAUAAAUAGCCUCGAAAGCUCACCGUUAAUGGAAGGACUACAGCACAGUGUGCCUUACUGUAGUAUUCAUCUAAAAAGAGACCAGCAUAAGGGUUGGGCCGAACAGGAGAUCGAGCCACUUCCAAAUGUAUAUAUGACUAUUUCGGAAAUCCAAAAACUAAUAUAUCCCUUACUCAAAGAUCAUCCAGGAGACAUUCCAGUAGCUACGCUUCUUCACUGCAUUGAAGGUCAGCUAAAGGCAUCGAUAUUGCCAAACGAUAGAGGGGUCAACUUAGAACAUUUGAUCUGCUGUGUUCAGGGAAUUCAAAUUCAAAUAAACAACUUCGGCGUAAAAAUUCUCGGAUGGUUAGAGCUUAACAAGGAAUUUUCGAAGACAGGACCUGAAGGUGACAUAUCAAGUUCAUAUACCUUGUCCGUCAAUGAUCGUGCAAGUAGCUUGGGUGGAAGCUACUUUAAAACUUCUGUAGCCGAUCCUCUCUUUCAAAUAUCACGCGAAGUCAUAGAACUGGUAAAAAUGUCUCCGAAGUCUACAAUGAAAUUUAACCGUUUCAUUCCUGCCUAUCACAAUCAUUAUGGAAAACAAUGCAGAGUUGCAGACUACGGCUACACAAAGCUUAUCGAGCUUUUUGAGGCCUUAUCUUCUGUUGUGCAAAUUAUGGGAGAUGGUGAAAAUCGGCAGAUUACGCUGACCCACCGAACUCAAAUUCGAAGGUUCACCUCAGAUCUAUUACGCGUUUUGCGCGCUCAAGGUAACAAUUCAGUGCUACUCUCCCAGUUACCAGGAAUAUUUGCACAGACCCAAAAUCGUAGUUUCGACGUCACGGACUAUGGUGUGUGCAACAUUAUAGAUAUCUUAGAUGGGCUAGUUAAUUCAAACAUUGUAGUUCUCACCACUGUACAGCACGGAAAAGAUAUUCUUAUCUCAAUGCCGAAACGUAAACAGACAAGCUCUGAAAUGGAAAAAACCUGUGUUUUCGCCGGUGAAAUGGUAGAGCUAUUGCAGAACGCCCUCCAGUACACUAUAUUAUUUCAAAAGUUUGUACGGUCCUACCAUUACCACUUUGCCUACCAAUGCCGUCUCAGUGACUACGGAUUUCUUAAGCUGGCAGACCUUAUGGAUGCAAUUCAUGGAUUAGUCGACUUGCAGGUAAACAAUGACGAGGACAAGAAAAUAGUGCUCUCACCCAAAGUGGCCAGACGAGUGUUCGCUGAGCAAUGUGAGGACCUCAUACGCCAUGUCACUGGAAACUCAAAACACUGCAUGAAGUUGGACCAGGUGCUCAGGCUGCACAAAAAGAAGUACGGAUAUCAAAUUAAGCCACAGACCUUAGGGGCGUCUGAUAUGUGUACGGCAUUUGAAUUGUUGCCCUACGUUGAAUUAAAGCAAAAAGAUAAGACCAUUUGGCUCAUCUGCCACCAUAAUGACGAAGAAUUUCGAGUUCUUUGUUACGACAUAUGCAAGCAUCUUUUUCAACGAGCCGCAUUCGACUCUCCUUCGGCAACAAUUACCUGUGAUGCCGAAUCAGCAGCUCACUCCCUACCCUUACCAGAAGCAUACCAUAAAACUACAUUUUUAAGCGAAUACAAUGCUAGGCACAAUAUCCACCUUACAGAGCCUGUUCUCUUAGCCAUGCGACAUGCAAUUGAGAUUUAUAAUGAUGCCGGCGUACAGUGUAUUCGACCUACCGCUUUCAUGAGGUUCUUAAUAAAAAUUGUUCAAGUGCUAGAACAGCGCACCAGCAUGUACUUGUACGAAAUCAAGAUCUCCUUAGAUAUUGGGCUUACCACUACCUUUGAGUUUGGAUUUCCCAAUCUGUAUUCUGUGAUUGCAGCUUAUCAAGAUCUUUUCACUCUUAACAAUGGACCAACGCAGGAAAGAAGUGAAGUUUCCCUUACGGUAAACUGCAUGCUGCGUCAGAGUUCCGUAAUACACUGUAGAGUUACACAACCCACCAACCAAAUGUUACAUGACAGUUGUCAAACUAUUCACAAUAAUGUAACAUAUACUCGUCCUCUGGCUAAGCGCCUAGGAAUAACCAACAGUUAUUCAAGUAACGCCAAUCCUCUUUGCAAUUUUGAUCGUCAAGGAAACAUGUUUCCAGCUUACUUUGGAAAUAAUGGUGACUUAAUUCAGCCACAGAGAAUUAACUCAUCAUUGCUAAAUAGUUGUGGGAAAACUGUUGGAAAAAAUGUUGCUGUAAGGAACACUCAGGCAUUAACACAUCGGCAAAUAUUUGACGGUUCGUUCAACUCGUCAGGCGAACUAAACGCCAGUCUAGUUCUAAGCGAUCUAACGAAUAUAUCAUCGAGCACUGCCAUCACAGCUGAUAUUUCACUUGAACAAUCGUCAUCCAAGUUGUGGUGUAGACGUCAACCAGGCUUUAAUGAGCAGUCAAAUAACCAAACACCUAAACCGGAUACGUGCACAAAAGAGAAAUUACCUUUCUGGAUCGAUCCUAUUUGGACCGCACGAUCGGAACACCAAACGGAGAACAUUAAAAUUGCCGAACUUAAGGCGAAGAAUAUCUUUCCAAUGCUUCUUUCCCCAUAUACUAUUUCUAAAAAUGAGAAUUUAAGGCGCCAGCUUUUUCAUUUUGAUAAUCAUGAUCGUAAAAUAGCAUAAUAAAAAUACAAUUUUUUAAUGUUUCUUUACUUAUACAUUAUGCUAUAAUAGCAACAAAAAAAUCAAAUAAAAUAAAUACCCAAAUAAGAGGUCCUAAAUAAAA